AGGAGGAGGGAGGAGGGUAAAAUAGGUCAUAUAAAAACUGGUUGAAAAGAAAAGGUUCAGAUUGUUGCUGACAGCCGUUGUUAAAGUCAGUUUGACCUGUGUUCCCUUCUCUCUGUACGACAGGAUGUCUUUCAGCUCCACCAAGGACUCCAGCUCUCCGGGCACCAAGGACCUGAGGAUUGUUCUUCUGGGUAAAACUGGAUCAGGAAAGAGUUCAACAGGGAACACCAUCGCGGGAAGGGAGGUUUUUAAGGCAGGAGUCUCACCCUCCUCUCUGACAAAAACCUGUACAAAAGUAAUGUCCCACCAUGAUGGCCGAUCUGUUAGCAUCAUCGACACCCCUGGGGUCUUUGACACAUCAACUACAAAUGAGGAAUUAAAAGAUGAAAUCGAGAAAUGUAUCAUGAUGUCUCUCCCAGGACCUCAUGUGUUCCUGCUUGUGAUCAGCCUGGAUGCUCGGUUCACCGAAGAGGAGAAGAAGGCCGUCACGUGGAUCAAGGACAACUUUGGUGAGGAAGCCUCAAAGUACACACUGGUGCUUUUCACCAGGGGAGAUGUGCUUCGCGAGACGUCCAUUCAGACUUUUUUAAAGGAAAGCCCUGAGCUCCAGGAGGUCAUCAGAACCUGUAAUGCCAGGUACAUGGUGUUUGACAACACAUGCAAGGACAAUCACACUCAGGUUAAUGAUCUGUUCGCCAAAAUAGACAAGAUAGUGCAGUUAAACAAUAAACAUUACACCAGCAGUCUCUAUGAAGCUGCCCAAAAAAAGAUGAAGUCAGAUGAGAGGUGGAGGAUGUGUGGAGACGCAUGCAUCACUGUGGGUACCGGCCUGUUGACUGCAGCAGCAGCCACAGCUGGCCCUGCAGUCGGAGCUGCAGCAGGAACUGCUGUAGUUGUAGAGGAAGUAGCUGCUUUAGCCAUAGGGCCAUCUUUAUUGGCUGCUGGUGGAGGGGCUGCUCAUGCUCUUGGGAGGUGGAUGAAACCUAAAACAAGUGAGAGCUAAUUAAAAGUCAUGUUCAUGUUUUGAGAGGUUGGUGAGGUCAUUGCAUUUAUUUCCUUUUCCUGCAUUAGAACAAACAAUUUGAAACGUUUCCUUUUCUUAUUUUUAGUGUCAACAUCUAUUAGUCACAGCAUUCUUGAUUUGUCCAACUUCUAUAAUUACAGUUUACUUUGACAUUUAUUUUUCGUGUUGAUGCUGUACUCUGUAAUCCUGGAUGUAUGUUUGUGUGGAAAACUGAAGUUUUUUCUGAUUGAUAUGAUUUCUGAUUUGUUAAACAAAAUAAAAUAAUCUUAUGGCAACUGAAAAAUAGUUUUGUUUGAUGGUGUAACAAAGUCUGUAUUUCAUAAAUCCAGUUCUAAAAAAAUACUCACACAUCACUUAUGGGCAUGAUUAAUCCUGGCAUGAAAUAAAAGCUGUCUAGACAGAAAUCCUCUAAAUCCAAACAAGGUUUAAACUUCAGUUUUCGGUCUAAUAUGUGUUAUUCAGUGAACCGUAUCUUUCACUGAAUCAAGCUAGUCGUUACCUACGUUUCCAGUCUUUGUGGUAUGCUAAGCUAAGCUAACUGGCUGCUUGCUGUAGCUCUGUUCAUAUAAAUAGACAAUGUCUCAGUUAUGAAGAUGAUCCAUUCUGAUGUAAAGAGCACCAACAUGGCUGCAGAUGUGAGAGUUUUACUGUCUACUCAAUAGAAGGGUCAAAGGGUUUUUGAACGUUAUGUUUGAAGUCACUGUGUGAGGUUCUGCUGUCUUUGGCGUGUGUAUUAAAUCUUACUGUCAAAGGUAAAUCCAGGUAACCACACCUGUUGUCAGAAUAGCUGGUAAGUAAAUACCUGUGAGUGUAUUUUAAGAG